AUGCAGCCGAUAGUUAAAAUAUGGCCAUUUAGAGGGUGGGCUUUGGACUUUAUUGGAAAACUAAGGCCUCUAUCUUCAGAUGGCCAUACUCACAUAGUGAUGGCAACCGAUUAUUUCACAAAGUGGGUGGAAGCCAUUCCACUAAAGACUUGUGAGCAGUCAACGGUGAUUGAUUUUAUUAAGAAGCACAUUAUACAUAGGUUUGGAAUUCCAGAGACUAUCACCACUGAUAGAGGUCUAUCCUUUGUUGGAAGCAAGGUCUUGGAUUAUUGUGCUGAGUGUGGUGUACAAGUGAUCAGUUCCACUCCAUAUUUUGCCCAAGCAAAUGGACAGACAGAAGCUUCCAACAAAGUAAUCCUCAACAUCCUUGAAAAGAUGAUUGAGGAUCAUCCAAGGGAGUGGCAUCACUUGCUUUCUGAAGCUCUUUGGACCUACAGAAAUUCAAAAAGGUCAAGUACAGGCGUCACACCAUAUGUGCUUACAUAUGGACAUGAUGUUGUCCUUCCAAUGGAGAUAACAAUUAGGUCUGCAAGGGUGGCUUUCCAAAAUAGGCUAACUCCAGCAGAUUACAACCAUGCCAUGUUAGUGGAAUUAGAAGACCUUGAUGAAGUUCGUCUCAAUGCUCUAGAUCAUAUUAUUGCUCAAAAGAAGAAUGUCAUGCGGGCAUACAACAAGAAGGUUAAGGCGAAGACAUUUAUAGAAGGAGACUUGGUAUGGCAGGUCAAAUUUCCACCUAGAGUUAAAAGUUUGCAGUAUGGAAAAUGGACUCCUAAUUGGGAAGGUCCUUAUUUGGUAGAACGAGUCCUUGGAAAAGGGGCUUAUAAAUUGAUGAAUAUAGAUGGAGGGUCUCAUAGACAUCCUGUGAAUGGUGUGUACUUGAAAGAGUACCACCCUUCCAUCUAUGAAAAUUGGAAAUCCACAAUAAUUCAACCGGCCAUGUAG